AUGCGCUGGCGGGCGCUCGUGCUGGCGCUGCUGCUGCUGCGCCUCGGCCUGCACGCGGCGCUCUGGCUGGCCUGCGCGCUGGCGCCCGGCCCCGGCCCGCGCGCGCGCUUCCCGCCCGGCCGCGGCCCCCCGCGCCCCCCUUCCGCCGCGGGCCCGGGCGCGGGGCCGGGGCCGCCCGCGGGGCCGGCGGGGCCGGCGUGGCUGCGGCCGGCGGGGCGCGGCGCGGGCCGGCGCGGCGCGGGCGCGUGCGGGCCGCGGCCCUGGGGCGCCGUGCUGGGCGGCCGCGCCCGCGACGAGUACGAGCGGCGCUACAGCCGGGCCUUCCCGCCGCAGCUGCGCGCGCGGAUGCGCGACCGGGCGCGGGGCAUGUUCGCCUUCGGCUACGACAGCUACAUGGCGCACGCCUUCCCGCAGGACGAGCUCAACCCCAUCCACUGCCGCGGCCGCGGCCCGGACCGCGGGGACCCUUCAAACCUGAACAUCAACGACGUCCUAGGGAACUACUCUCUGACCCUCGUGGACGCACUGGACACUCUGGCGAUAAUGGGAAAUUCAUCCGAGUUCCAGAAAGCAGUCAAGUUAGUGAUCGACACAGUUUCAUUUGACAAAGACUCCACCGUCCAGGUCUUUGAGGCCACGAUAAGGGUACUGGGGAGCCUUCUUUCUGCCCACAGGAUCAUAACUGACUCCACACAGCCCUUUGGCGACAUGACCAUCAAGGGCUACGACAAUGAGCUGUUGCACAUGGCCCAUGACCUGGCCGUGAGGCUGCUGCCUGCCUUCGAGAACACCAAGACGGGGAUCCCAUAUCCUCGGGUGAAUCUCAAGACGGGCGUUCCUCCGGACAGCAACAACGAGACCUGCACGGCGGGUGCCGGCUCCCUGCUGGUGGAAUUUGGGAUCCUGAGCCGCCUGCUGGGGGACUCCACAUUUGAGUGGGUGGCCAGGCGCGCGGUGAAAGCCCUCUGGGAGCUCCGGAGCAACGAGACGGGGCUGUUAGGCAAUGUCGUGAACAUCCAGACGGGCCACUGGGUCGGGAGGCAGAGCGGCCUGGGCGCGGGCCUGGAUUCCUUCUACGAGUACCUCCUGAAGUCGUACAUUCUCUUCGGAGAGAAGGAGGACCUGGAGAUGUUCAGUGCCGCGUAUCAGAGCAUCCAGAGCCACCUGAGAAGGGGCCGGGAAGCCUGCAACGAGGGGGACGGAGACCCCCCGCUGUACGUCAACGUGAACAUGUUCAGCGGGCAGCUGAUGAACACCUGGAUUGAUUCCCUGCAGGCCUUCUUCCCGGGACUGCAGGUUCUGAUAGGAGAUGUGGAAGACGCCAUCUGCCUCCACGCCUUUUAUUAUGCCAUCUGGAAGCGCUACGGGGCCCUCCCUGAGAGAUACAACUGGCAGCUGCAGGCGCCUGAGGUGCCCUUCUACCCGCUGCGGCCCGAGCUGGUGGAGUCCACCUACCUCCUUUACCAGGCCACCAAGAACCCCUUCUACCUCCACGUAGGGAUGGAUAUCCUGCAGAGUCUGGAGAAGUACACGAAAGUCAAGUGUGGGUACGCCACGCUGCACCACGUUGUGGACAAGUCCAAAGAGGACCGGAUGGAGAGCUUCUUUCUCAGCGAGACCUGUAAAUACCUGUACCUGCUGUUCGAUGAGGAGAACCCAGUGCACAAGGCCGGGAGCAGGUACCUGUUCACCACCGAGGGCCACAUCGUGGCUGUGGACGCGCACCUGCGGGAGUCGCCCUGGAAGGAGCUCUUCUCAGAAGAGGAAGGCCAGGCCCGGCCCGGGAACUCCGCGCCCAGGCCCCGGCCCCACGAGCUGGGCGUCAUCAACUCCAGCUCCAACUGCAACCGCAUCCCCGACGAGAGGAGGUACUCGCUGCCCCUGAAGAGCGUCUACAUGCGCCAGAUCGACCAGAUGGUUGGCUUGAUUUGACAGGUGCCCCCGCAGUCGCCCCGAAAGGGACCAGAGGCCGAGCCCAGGCCACGCGAGGUCCGGCCGCCAGUGAAGAAGAUGCCGUCUGGCCGUCCAGGGUGGUGUUGGAGUUUUGUCCAGCUGCCCGCCACACUAGUAAAUUCUUGCAUACGUUAGCGUUUCUCUUCUCUUCAGUGAAAUGCCCUGUGUUUCUUAACAAGGGCACGUGGACGUGAGAAGUUUCCUGGAAGCCCGGCUGCUCGCCACAGGCCGACGUCUCGGCUCCUUGGACAGACCUCCGCCUGCUCCCGGGCCCGGCCCUGCAGGGGCUGCCUGUGGCGCCUGCGAGCAGCUGGGCCUGGCACCCCUGCGGAUGGUCUGUCUCCCUCGCGCUGGAUAAGCAGGCUCCCGCAGCCGCCUGUGACUGAAACCUCACGGGGACGGUCCCCAUCGCUCCUCUGUGCGCCAGUAACCCUCACAGUGUUACACGCUGUCUGCUUAUCGUUGCUGGUUCUGUCCCAAUCCUGAAGUCUCUUAGGGCCAUGCCCGGUCCAGGGCUUAGCAGGUAGGGCUCUGCCGGUAGGCCCCGUCUGCUUUGAACUUACCUGAGGAGCUCCCCUAGUUCCAGAACCGGGUGCCUUUUAGGGAGAGCAACAUACCUAAGUGUCUGAGCCUCCGCCUGUCUGUUUACUAACCAAGCGUUCUCAGUUCUGAGUGUUUGGGCUGGAAUUUUGUUGUUUCCCGUGUCUUGUGCCAAUGAGCUGAGCCAGGGAGGAGCUGGGCUGGAGGCUGCUUCUCUGUGGAGACGGGCUGUGGUCAGUGCCUUCGCCUCGCGGUGUUGGGCUGCAGGACGCACAGCUCCUGCAGGCCCGUGUGGCUCGUGGGAGGGCUGCCGUGACAGGGACCUGGGUGGGGAAUAGUUAGAAAGAAGAUUCUGGAAUCUUGCAGGCCAGUUCAUGCCUUUCAGCUCGAUAUUUUAGCAAGCUCGUAUAAGGAGGGAGUCGUGCUAAAAUGCCUUUCUUUUCGUACAAUCUCCUGAGCCGGAGUGGAGUCGUCUGUCUGUGAACUUGCACUGUGCUCGCCUGUGAAGCAGAGGCGGAUCGGAACCCGGCUUGGCUUCUGGGAGGUGGAGGUGGGCGAG